AUGAGAUGGGGUCAUAAAGCUAAUCCGGAUAGGUGGUUCAUAAACUUACAACCACAAUUCCAAGAAGUUGUAGACGCAAUGGAAGUGAAUGGUGAACCAGAUAUAGCUGGUAUUUUCAGCGCGGCUUUAAUGCCAUUGAAAGAUAUGAAACAUGCAGAUAUUUUGGACCAGUAUGAAAUGAACAUGGCUGAUGGAAAUAUAACACCUGACGUUCUAGAACAUUUAUCUCAAAGAACUACACAGAACCAUAGAGAUGGUAUAUUUGGUGAAGAGUUUAGAAAGAAAGUUAGGGAGAGAGAAGGAAGAGAACCUAUUGUACAUGACCUUGCAAACGAAAGUUUACAAAAUGUCAUAAAAACUUACUUUGCAGACAAUGAACCGAGAAGGGAUGAAUAUUUAAGAAAACUCAAAUGGACAGUACCAAAUGAAAUGUUAGUAUUGAAAAACAUGUUCCUUGACAAAAUAAAACCAACUACAGAAAUAAAUGACGCAAGACUGAAACGUUGGGUAAAAGCUUUCCCAUUCACAAAAGAUAUUAUUGGUAACAUGGAAAGAAAACCAGAAUGGCUACAAAAACAUAUAUUUGGAAACGAGCUUAUUCCAUAUGGACAAGCUAUAUUUGAAGAGCUUGAACCGGAAACUCAGGAAAGAGUCAUGCAAACAAUAAGCGACGACUCAAAUACAAACUAUGACAAAAUCUUUCUAGGAUAUAGGUUACCUGAGAUGGGCGACCAGAGCCCAAAGGCAAAAAGGACAUGGGAAAUUUACAACAUACUAGGUGAACAUGAGGCAAAGAUGCAACAACUUGAAGCAGAGGGCAAGUUACCAAAAGCGACACCAAAGAAGAAGAGUAGAACAAAGUGA